UGAACAAUUGAGCAAGAUGGCUGGCCACAAAAUCCCAUACCCCAAACACGUCUGGUCACCGGCUGGUGGCUGGUACGCUCAACCAUCGAACUGGAAAGCGAACACUGCAGUCUUGGGCGCUGUGGUUUUUGGGAUCGCCGCCGCAGCGUUCAAGCUGAGCGCAGAUAACGAGGUGCGGACGAAGUUUCCUGAGGAGGGCCGCUUCUUCCCUAGUCGAUACUGGAGCAAACAGAUUGUUGAGCAUGAGAAGGAGAAGAAGGCUGGGUCGGCAUAGAUGGAACUAUAAGG